AUGUCGAGUUACUUCGAUGACGACACGAGAUAUAACGACAGUAAUGCUGUUGAUGGAAAGAUUAAUGCUGACUGCUCUAACUACGGCUGUUCCAUUGCAAACAUCAACGAUAAAAACCCCGCCUUGAAUGUUUCGUUUUCAACCCCAGCGUUCAUUUACUAUUACGUGUUUAAUUUAGGGAACUUUACAAAAGGAAACCAGUCCGAUUGUCCCACUAGAACCUACGGCCUCGGCUGCCAGAAGACUUGCAACUGUGCCGUCAAGGGAGAAACGUGUUUUGUUAGCACAGGGGGUUGUCCGUCUGGUUGUCCGGAUGGCUUUCAAGGUGAAGGUUGCAAUACAAAAUGUGACGCCGGCUGGUUUGGCCCUAAUUGUGAAUACAAAUGUCACUGUGACAAAAUCUCAUCUUGUGACGUGGAUGGAUCUUGUAAAGAUAAAUUUUGUGACACGGGUUUUUACGGGAAAGAUUGUUUACAAAAAUGUGGCGAUGGAUGUCAGCAAUGCCAUCACGUGACUGGCGUCUGCUACAACUGUAGCCUUGGCUACAGACUCAGCGACUCUGGUGACGCCUGUUUCUCUGUUUGUGACACGGGUUUUUACGGGAAAGAUUGUUUACAAAAAUGUGGCGAUGGAUGUCAGCAAUGCCAUCACGUGACUGGCGUCUGCUACAACUGUAGCGCCUGUUUCUCUGGUGUGUAG